CGCAUGAUUAACGAGAAAACUCUCAUAUGCCUACGUGGCAUUCUCUAAUUGGUCCAUUUCGGGUCGUCGGGAUUCACAGGGACAUCAGCCAAUAAAGAAAACCCAGUCACUCUCAUCUUUCUCUCACUACGAAAAAAACACUCUGUUUUUAUUUUCUCUCUCUGUUUUUUUUAUCUUUCUCUCUCUAAACUGUGUUUUUUCUCUCCACAAAAUUCCCAUAUUUCUUCUUAAUUUCUCUCUCUUUUGCUUACGAAAAUCCCAUAUACGCAUUCACCAAUGCAUGAUCUUCCGAUCCAAUGCAAUUUUGAUUGUUGAGGCUCUGAAUUUCCACCGAGUUUGACCUACCUGAUUGACUGACUGAGUAGGAAAUUCUUUUUGUUGGUGAAACUAUGUUGGAGGCAAUGGAGAGUUCCGUCAAUGGCGGUGGUUUCUCGCAGUUACAGAGCUAUGGAGACAGUAGUGAAGAGGAGCUCUCGGUGCUGCCACGUCAUACUAAGGUGGUUGUCACUGGGAAUAACCGUACUAAAUCGGUGCUCGUUGGUCUUCAAGGCGUAGUCAAGAAGGCUGUUGGACUUGGCGGGUGGCAUUGGCUGGUUCUUACCAAUGGCAUAGAAGUAAAGCUACAGAGAAAUGCCCUCAGCGUGAUUGAAGCUCCUACUGGUAAUGAAGAAGAAGAUGAUCUUGAAUUCGAAAACAUGCAGUGGAAUGGUUCAGACAUGGCAUCUGAUGACACUCAAAAGUCCCAGAGAUCGAGGCAUAGAACACAUAAAUCGACCGGGUCUUCUCACAAGACUAUGAGCAAGUCUCUUUCUUGUGACUCACAAUCUAAGGGGUCUAUUUCCACACCCCGUGGGUCCAUGAAAGUUGACCUCAGCAAACUAGAGAUGGCUGCUUUAUGGAGAUAUUGGCGACACUUCAAUCUCGUGGAUGCCUUCCCCAAUCCAUCGAAAGAGCAACUAGUUGAUGUUGUUCAGAGGCAUUUCAUGUCACAGCAAAUGGAUGAGCUGCAGGUCAUUGUGGGAUUUGUUCAGGCUGCAAAGAGAUUGAAGACCGUUUGCAAAUGACCUGGAGAAGAAUUAUCAGAAGGCUUUCGUGUUUGGUUCGCAACGCUAACAGAUACUGGUUAUCCUAAUGUCCUCUUCCCGCGGUAGUGAUAUCUGUAACAUAUGUAUUCGUGGCUUGUUUAUCGUUCUGGUCCCCCUGUUAAGUAGGUUAAUAUUUACUUCCAAGCUAUAGAGGUUCUUCCUUUUUGCUAGAGCAGUUAUGUAGAUAUAAUCCAAAACUUGGUUCCAAGACCUGUAUGAAGUCCUUGUGGCUUCCUUUCUAAGCUUUGCUUGAAUGUAUUGCUGACUUGUGGGAAGUGGAUUCCUUAAAAUGUAUAUAUAUCCUUAUUUCUUCCUGUCUACCUCUUAUUUUUUAUUG